GAUCAGGGAAGGCUGCCUGGAGGAGGCGAGGCUGGAGUAGGGCACUGAAGGAUGGGAAAAGUUAGAUGGAUGGAGAGGUGGAGGGAACAAAGGCCUGAGAAUCUGAUGGGCCAAAGGGAAGACAGGAGACAAGUAAAGCUUGGAGAUUUUGUCGAGAAAAGAAGAGAGGAGGCAAUUAAGUUGGGAGAAAUGACACCAGAAAACCACUGAAAAUGCCCCAGUGGGGUUUGUUACUUUAAAAAAAAAAAAAACAACCACAAAGAAAAACAAUGAAACAAUCAUGCUUUCUUUAGUAAGGUGUAAGGAGAAGUGGUGCCAAGAAACAGCAUGGAUUUCGGAGUCAGGCAGACCUGGGCUUGAAUUUCAGCCUUGCUGAUUUUUCACUGUGUGACUCUGGACAGGUGAAUUUACCUCUCUGAACCAUAGUUUCUUUUUCUAGAAAACGGACCUUGUAAUAUGUACCUCUUAGGGUUGCUGUGAACGAAGGAUACCAUGGAAGCAACAUGCCUGUCAUAGUGCUUUGUGUAUGGUGUGGUAGACCUCAGUUUUGAGGCUGAGAGUCCUCUGGCACCCCCCACAGAGCUCCUGGAGAGACUGCCAAGCUAUGACUGGCUUCUUCAAGCAGGCAGAGGACAGACAUUUUUCCCGCCUUUGGAGGCUUUGGGGAGGCCCCAGGAGCAAAGGUCCUGGUCCUCAUUCCUGGAACACAGAGUCCCUGUGAUGACAGAGGAGGUGGCCCGGGAAGCCCUCCUCAGCUUUGUGAACUCUAAAUGCUGCUACAGCAGCACAGUGGCUGGAGACCUCGUCAUCCGGGAGCUGAAUCAGCAGACCCUCUGCAGGUAUCGACUAGAGACCUUUAGUGAAUCCAGGAUAAGCGAGUGGACAUUUCAACCCUUUACUAACCACCCUGUGGAUGGGCCGCAAAGAGGCGCCUCCCCCAGGCUCUGGGACAUCAAGGUUCAGGUUCCCCCGAUGUUUCAGGAAGACAUCAGGAAGUUCCAGGUCCCUCACUCAUCACUGGUCAAGGAAUGCCACAAAUGCCACGGGCGUGGGCGGUACAAGUGCAGCGGCUGCCAUGGGGCGGGCACGGUGCGGUGUCCGUCCUGCUGUGGAGCCAAGCGCAAAGCUAAGCAGUCCCGGAGGUGUCAGCUCUGCGCGGGGUCCGGCAGGCAGAGAUGCAGCACCUGCUCAGGGAGAGGGAACAAGACCUGCGCCACCUGCAAGGGGGAGAAGAAGCUGUUGCACUUCAUCCAGCUGGUCAUCAUGUGGAAGAACAGCCUGUUUGAGUUUGUGUCUGAACAUCGGCUCAACUGCCCCAGGGAGCUCCUUGCUAAAGCCAAAGGAGAAAACCUCUUUAAGGAUGAAAACUCAGUGGUGUACCCCAUCGUGGACUUCCCCCUGCGGGACAUCUCGCUGGCCUCCCAGAGGGGCAUUGCAGAGCACAGCGCUGCCUUGGCCUCCCGUGCCCGCGUCCUGCAGCAGCGCCAGACUAUUGAGUUGAUCCCCCUCACAGAAGUUCACUACUGGUACCAAGGAAAGACUUAUGUUUACUACAUCUAUGGCACUGACCACCAGGUGUAUGCGGUGGACUAUCCUGAGCGGUAUUGCUGUGGUUGUACCAUCGUGUGAUGUAGCACAGCUGUCCCCAGAGCCUGCCAUUCAUGUUUGCCAAGGAGGAUGACCGAUGCUCUCUGAGUGUGUUCACUGUUGGCUGCAUUGGACAAUCACAUACAAACCCUGGCACAUCCUUCCAGAAAAACCAGCUUAUCAUCUAUCAAGCUCCAACUCCUUAUGCAGCUCCUGUGGUGGAAUCCAUCACUCAUAUGCUUAACCUACAAGAAUUCAGCUACACACAUUCCUGUAGAACAAAUGAGAGAAAUAAUUUAAAUGGCAAGGUCUUUGCCUCUGGUCUCCAAGUUAAUGCCCUGAUGAGGCGUGCUUUUCCCCUUGUCGGUCUUUUGCUUUUCCCCUUGUCGGUCUUGGUUCUGAUGUGCUUCUUCUAGUGGGAGCCCCUUGACGAUCUGAGUGUUACUGAAAUGUUUAAGGAUACACACAAAUUAUCUCGUCCUAAUGCACAAUACAUAGUGCACUUAGUCUUAAAGUGCAA